AUGAACCCCGGCGGCUGUGUUUCACGACGUCACAACACACGAUCGAAUGGUGAUGCAGCGGAUAGCGGCGGGUUGUUGUCGUUACCCGUGAUUCUGAGCUAUGACGAUGGCCUCACGUUGAGCCCUUUUGCCAGGAUCACUCGAUUUAAGCUUGAUCAACUGUCAUUUUGCAAUUACCUUUCACUCCAUUGCGUUAAUGACGAGCACAUGCAUGCGUGCAUCGCGACAUGCCAAGCACCCCACAAGGCGUUGGCUGGGCCCCCCAUGGCCCCUUUCCAGCCGUCAGCACAACACAAUCAAUCCACAGCACAACGACGACUUCAAUGA